GCUCCAUCUCCAGCAUAAUUUCUAAGCCAAGUCCUUCUUCUUAGUUUUUGAAGCCUUUGAAUUUCAUUUCUAUCAAAUAUUAUACUUUUUUUUUUCUGUAUCUGAGUUAAAAGUUGUACCAAGUAUCUAUAGAAAGAGAGGUAGGAAAUUAAUAAAAUUGAUAUCUCAAGAUGAGUUUUGAAGAGAGUGAAUAUGGAGAGGUGAAGGAGAAACCAUAUAGUCGUAGUAAGAUGAAAUUGAAGCAUAUAAGAAUGAUCAAGGGUGAAAAGUUGAGAAGCAUAGUUGUGGCACGUAUCCGAGUAGCUCGACUCAAAAUGUGGGCAGUUCGGGUGCUUAUUAUGAUGUUGGUUUGGGCUAUCGCAUUACAGUUGAAGGCGCUUGGGAGUCCCAAGGUGCCAAAACAUAGUCGCCUCUCUUAUCCUCUUCUACCGGAGAGGAUCUACCAUAACAAUGGAUAUUUGAUGGUUUCAUCAAAUGGAGGAUUGAACCAGAUGCGAACGGGUAUAUGUGACAUGGUUACGGUAGCAAGAUUUUUAAAUGUGACCCUCAUAGUUCCUGAGCUAGAUAAUACUUCAUUUUGGAAUGAUCAUAGCCAGUUUGCAGAUAUAUUUGACGUAGAAUAUUUCAUUGCAUCAUUAAGGGACCAAGUUCACAUACUGAAAGAGUUGCCUCCUCAACAAAAGAAAAAGGCAUCGGAAUCGCCUUUUUCAAUGCCACCAAUUAGCUGGUCUAACAUGACAUAUUACUACAAUGUGAUUCUUCCUCGCAUUCAGACCCACGAAGUGGUGCAUUUCCAAAAGACGGAUGCUAGACUUGCAAACAAUGGGCUCCCCAUAGAGGUGCAGAAGUUGCGGUGCAGAGUAAACUACCAAGCCCUGAGGUUCGCUCCUCCCAUACAGGAGUUGGCGGAGAAGAUUGUUAGAAUUCUUAGGGGAAAGGGUCCUUUUCUGGUUCUUCAUCUUAGGUACGAAAUGGACAUGAUAGCCUUCUCCGGCUGCAAUGAAGGCUGCAACGACCAGGAGACCGAAGAAUUAACGAAAAUGAGAUACGCCUAUCCUUGGUGGAAAGAAAAAGUGAUAGAUUCGGUGAAGAAAAGACAAGCUGGUUUGUGCCCUUUAACACCUGAAGAAACAGCACUUACAUUGCAGGCUCUGGGUAUCGAUCCUACUAUUCAAGUUUACAUAGCUGCUGGUGAUAUUUAUGGGGGAGAAAGGAGAUUAGCAACUCUUAGAGCUGCUUAUCCGAAUUUGGUGAAAAAGGAGACCUUAUUGCCAGCCAAAGACUUGGAUCCGUACCGGAACCAUUCAAACCAGAUGGCAGCACUAGAUUAUUAUGUGGCAGCAGAGAGUGAUAUCUUUGUUCCAACAAAUGGAGGAAACAUGGCCAAAGUCGUCGAGGGUCACAGACGUUUCUUGGAGUUCAAGAAAACAAUCCUUCUGGACCGGAAGGCUCUAGUUGAUUUAAUCGAUCUGUAUAGGGCUGGAGCCAUCAGCUGGGAAGAAUUCUCAUCGGAAGUGAAGGAAGCACAUUCAGAUCGCAUGGGAAAUCCAACUAAGAGAUUGGUCAUUCCGGGAAAACCGAAGGAAGAGGAUUAUUUCUAUACAAACCCUGAGGAAUGUUUGCCACAGUCUGCUGAUCAUGAUGAACCAUGACAAAUCAAACCAAUUCAUUUGCGCCUAAUUAAAAUAUCUUUAUUUUUAUAUACAUUUAUACAUAAUCAGCCCACAAAUGUUAAUGUACGCUAAAAAUAGAGGCAAUUAAUUUUC